GCCGCAGGGGAGGAGAUGGGGAGGGCGGGGCCCUCCUCCCCAGCCCCCCACGGCCGAGGGGGCCGGCCCCGGCCACCGCGGAUAUAAAAGAGCCCGGAGGCCGGGAGCUGCCGCAGUGCCGCCCGCCCCGUCCCGGCCCCGCACUCCCGCUCCGCCGCCGCCGGCGGCCGCACCUGCUCCGGCCAUGAUGAGCUUCGGCGGCGCCGACGCGCUGCUGGGCGCCCCGUUCGCGCCGCUGCACGGAGGAGGCAGCCUGCACUACGCGCUGGGCCGCAAGGCCGGCGCGGGCGGCCCGCGCUCCGCCGCCGGCUCCUCCAGCGGCUUCCACUCGUGGGCGCGGACUUCCGUGAGCUCCGUGUCCGCCUCGCCCAGCCGCUUCCGCGGCGCCGGGGCCGCCUCCAGCACCGACUCCCUCGACACGCUGAGCAACGGCCCGGAGGGCUGCGUGGUGGCGGCGGCGGCGGCGCGCAGCGAGAAGGAGCAGCUGCAGGCCCUGAACGACCGCUUCGCGGGCUACAUCGACAAGGUGAGGCAGCUCGAGGCGCACAACCGCAGCCUGGAGGGCGAGGCGGCGGCGCUGCGGCAGCAGCAGGCCGGCCGCGCCGCCAUGGGCGAGCUGUACGAGCGCGAGGUGCGCGAGAUGCGCGGCGCCGUGCUGCGCCUCGGGGCGGCGCGCGGCCAGCUGCGCCUGGAGCAGGAGCACCUGCUGGAGGACAUCGCACACGUGCGCCAGCGGCUGGACGAGGAGGCCCGGCAGCGCGAGGAGGCCGAGGCGGCGGCGCGCGCCCUGGCCCGCUUCGCGCAGGAGGCGGAGGCGGCGCGCGCCGAGCUGCAGAAGAAGGCGCAGGCGCUGCAGGAGGAGUGCGGUUACCUGCGGCGCCACCACCAGGAGGAGGUGGGCGAGCUGCUCGGCCAGAUCCAGGGCUGCGGGGCCGCUCAGGCGCAGGCGCAGGCCGAGGCGCGGGACGCCCUCAAGUGCGACGUGACGUCGGCGCUGCGGGAGAUCCGCUCGCAGCUCGAAGGCCACGCGGUGCAGAGCACGCUGCAGUCCGAGGAGUGGUUCCGAGUGAGGUUGGACCGACUCUCAGAGGCAGCCAAGGUGAACACAGACGCCAUGCGGUCCGCGCAGGAGGAGAUAACUGAGUACCGGCGACAGCUGCAGGCCAGGACUACAGAGUUGGAGGCACUGAAAAGCACCAAGGAUUCCCUGGAGAGGCAGCGCUCCGAGCUGGAGGACCGCCACCAGGCAGACAUCGCGUCCUACCAGGAUGCUAUCCAGCAGCUGGACAACGAGCUGAGAAGCACCAAGUGGGAGAUGGCAGCACAGCUUCGAGAGUACCAAGACCUGCUCAACGUCAAGAUGGCCCUGGACAUCGAGAUUGCUGCUUACAGAAAGCUCCUGGAAGGUGAAGAGUGUCGGAUUGGCUUUGGUCCGAGUCCCUUCUCACUUACUGAGGGACUCCCAAAAAUUCCCUCCACAUCCACUCACAUAAAAGUCAAAAGUGAAGAGAAGAUAAAAGUGGUAGAAAAAUCAGAGAAGGAAACUGUGAUUGUAGAGGAACAGACAGAAGAGAUCCAGGUGACUGAAGAAGUAACAGAAGAGGAAGAAAAAGAGGCUAAAGAAGAGGAAGGAGAAGAGACAGAAGAGGGAGGAGAAGAAGAAGCUACAUCUCCCCCUGCAGAAGAGGUCCCAUCUCCAGAAAAAGAAACCAAGUCUCCUGUGAAGGAAGAAGCCAAGUCCCCAGCUGAGGCAAAGUCACCAGCUGAGGCCAAAUCACCAGGUGAAGUUAAGUCACCAGCUGAGGCCAAGUCCCCAGCUGAGGCCAAGUCCCCAGCUGAGGCCAAGUCACCAGCUGAGGCCAAGUCCCCAGGUGAGGCCAAGUCACCAGCUGAGGCCAAGUCCCCAGCUGAGGCCAAGUCACCAGCUGAGGCCAAGUCCCCAGCUGAGGCCAAGUCACCAGGUGAGGCCAAGUCACCAGCUGAGGCCAAGUCACCUGCUGAGGCCAAGUCACCAGUUGAGGCCAAGUCCCCAGCUGAGGCCAAGUCCCCAGGUGAGGCCAAGUCCCCAGGUGAGGUCAAGUCCCCAGGUGAGGUCAAGUCCCCAGCUGAGGUCAAGUCCCCAGGUGAGGCCAAGUCCCCAGCUGAGGCCAAGUCACCAGCUGAGGCCAAGUCCCCAACUGAGGUGAAAUCUCCAGAGAAAGUGAAGACCCCUGUGAAGGAAGAAGCAAAAUCCCCAACUGAGGCCAAGUCUCCUGAGAAAGCCAAGUCCCCUGUGAAGGAAGAGGUCAAGGCUCCAACUGAGGUAAAAUCCCCUGAGAAGGCUAAGAGCCCCGUGAAGGAGGAAGCAAAAUCUCCUGAGAAGGGCAAGACUCUAGACGUGAAGUCUCCAGAAGCCAAGACUCCACUGAAGGAGGACAUCAAAUCUCCGGGACAGGCCAAAAGUCCUGCCAAAGAAGAGGUCAAGUCCCCUGAGAAGGUCAAGUCCCCCGAGAAGGUCAAGUCCCCUGAGAAGGAAGAAGCCAAGGCCUCUGAAAAGGAGCUUCCCAAGAAGGAAGAGGUAAAGUCCCCUGUAAAGGAAGAGGUGAAAGCCAAAGAACCCCCAAAGAAGGCAGAGGAAAAGAAGACCCCAGCUACACCAAAAACAGAAGAGAAGGAGAGCAAGAAAGAUGAAGCCCCCAAGGAAGCCCCAAAGCCCAAAGUGGAGGAGAAGAAGGAAACACCUGCAGAAAAGCCCAAGGACUCUACGGCAGAGGCCAAGAAAGAAGAGUCUGGAGAUAAGAAGAAAGCAGCGACUCCAGAAAAGGAGACUCCUGCUAAGGCAGAAGUAAAGGAAGAAGCUAAACCCAAAGAGAAGACAGAGACGACCAAGACGGAAGCAGAAGAUGCCAAGGCCAAAGAACCUAGCAAACUCGCAGAGAAGGAAAAGCCAAAGAAAGAGGAGGCACCGGCAGCACCAGAGAAGAAAGACACCAAGGAAAAGGUCACAGAGUCCACGAAGCCUGAGGAGAAACCCAAAACAGACACCAAGGCCAAAGAAGAUGACAAGGGCCUUUCUAAAGAGCCCAGCAAACCCAAGACAGAAAAGGCUGAAAAAUCCUCUAGCACAGACCAAAAAGAUAGCCAGCCCCCAGAGAAGGCCUCAGAGGACAAAGCGACCAAGGGGGAGAAGUAAGGCAGAGAGAAAGGAAUGUCCAGAAGAGCCAAAGAAACUCAGGGGGGGUCCCAGUACUCAAGGGUUGGUGUAAUAAGUUUUAUCUCUUCCUUUCCUUUCUGUAAGAAGAAAUACCGCUUAGAUGACGGGUCUGCCCUCACCAAACAGGAAUGUCCAUUAGGAUUAAGUUAGCAAGAGAAGAUACCCUGAGCCCUGCCCCCCAUACCCCAUGGCCUCCGCAGGUGAUGGACAACUAUGAUAGCUUAUUGUAGCCAAGCGUGAUGUAUGCUGAAUGCUACAUGAGAAACACUUGAUAAAAACUGCCCCCUCCUUUCCAAGUAAGUGCAUUUAUUUCCUGUAUGUACGACAGACGACCGCAAUAAUGAAUGAGCACUUAGAAAUGCAUUAUGCUUGAAAUGUCGUAACCUAUUCCUGAAUGCCUUCUCGUUUUCCAAAGGAGUGGUCAGGCCCCUGCCCGGUACGCUCUCCUGGAAGAGCUGCAGCAGGUGAGGCAAGGCAAUGGCCACCGGACCAGACCAGGGCGCACUUUCCACUGGAGUCCACUUUCAAUUGCUCCCAUGCAAUAAAACCAAGUGCUUCUAAAAUAAAACUGGCUGUUUUCACUCGUUCUCUUCCCCUGGGAAGGAGGCCUACAUGUGAGAUCUGUGCUGGCGACCUAGGGCAUCAUUCCUUAGUAUGGUCAUGGAUCACCUGGGAGCCUUAGAAACCCAGACUCCUGACUCCACACUGUUGACAUCACAGUCUGAGAGGGAGACUCAGAGAAAGUGCACACUGUGCCAAAUCCCAGUUUACCCUAAUGAACACUGAUGCCAGGAUGCCUAGGAAUGCUGAGUCCCAGGAGGAUGUCAAAUGGUCCAUGGAGUCUGCUUGUUAGAUGAGAGGAACCUAUGAAUAAUGGGGCAUACACGGCUAAUUCAUCUGUUGAGAAGACUACAGCGACAACCUUUCAGCAAUCACUCAAUUUCCACUCGGUGUGCUUCUCUGGGCAUGGAUUUUUGUUUUUCGGUACUUACCCCACUCCCACCCCUUUUGUGUUCUUAUUUGCUUACAUGCACAGGGUGGCUUUGAACUUGUAUUCCUGUCCCUCCUACCCAAGUAUCUGGGGUUUUGUGCACGCACCAUGAUGCCUGGCUCUGGAAGUCCUUUUGAAAGCUUUACGAUCCUCAUACAGGUUUCCAUGGCGUCCUCCCUAUUAAGUCCUUGUGUGGUGGGACUGGCAUGGCCCCUUAUUUUGUGUGUCCAACACAUCUCCCAGGAAUUGCUUCUCUGCUCCCCACAGCCAGAUGGCUCUCAGCUAUCAUGUCUGUAAUUUUCCUUCCUCUGGACACUGACAAUUGGUCCGGAAUGGCCAGUUGAGCCAAUGAAGCUCUUUUCUUGGGACCAGAGUAGCUGGUAGGGAGAUGUGAGUCAGGAGCUGUGGGCAGCCAUGUUUCUAGACCUAUGGUAAGAUAGUCCAAGAGAGCAUGAGAUGGUCAGGGACAAGGUACCUAGAGAGCCAUGGUGGACUUCCACAUGAUCCGUCCACAGCUUUUGGCCAUUCUUUGAAGUGAUAAAUCUUUUCCUUUACCAAACACUUUGGGUUAUAACAGUGCUUUGCAACCAGAGGGCUCUGAAUAAUACUGUGACUAAAAGGGAAGUUUCUAAGCUAGCAACAGAAUAGUGAGACCUCAGGGAAUGAGCAAGUGCCCCCAUCACUAUAUCCUAAAGUUCUGUUAUUGGUCAACACUUGAGGCUAGAAUCCAUAUACCAUCUCUGGCACCCAUCUCCAUCUGCCACAAAGACCGAGUUAUUAAAAGAAUGGCAAGAAAGUUGAGGUUGGUAAUCUUUAAAGGUUUUUGUUUGUUUGACACAAUCUCAUGCAUCCCAGGGUUACUUCUAAUAUGGUAUGUUCCUAGAUGACUUUGAACUCCUGCUCUUCCUGCUUCCUCCUCCUGAGGGCUAGGAGUGUAGGCAUGCACAGUGCAUAUAAUAAUCUGGCAAAUAAUCUCUUAAAUUAUCAAUAUGGCCAAGGACUCUGAAGACCUGAGCAUUAAUUUUCUGAGCUGCCUACCUUGAGGAAAUCAGAUAUCUAUAUGCCCUAGCACAUAGCCAUAUCUGGACACAAAGGGGAUCUGGAAGGCAAGGAAAAAAAAUCAGUACUUAUAGUCCACCAGUCUCAGACUUGCCUCAGACUUCUGAGUGCCAUUAUUACAGGCAUGUAUCACCAUACCUGGCUCUCCCCAUCUGGUUUGCCUAAAAAUGUUAGUCAUCCAAAUACUCCAAACUUACUUACUUCCUUUCCUUCCUUUCCUUUCC